GUGUGCGGGUUUUUUUUUUUUUUUUUCUUUUUUUUUUUUUCCUGUCUUGCGUCGAGGAGGUGAUAUCGCGCCACGCGUGGAUUCAAGUGUGCAGCCCGGACAGGCGCGCACCAAAAGGGGGAAGAAGAUGUUGCCAAACUCUCCCUUAAUCGCCUCUUAGGUUAUUUUGUCGCCGAUUAUUCGCCGGUCAGAUGGCCGAUUAAAAGGCGGGGAAAGGGCGCGCGCGUGGAGACCGGAUGAGCGCGCCGGUUUAGCGACGUUUCCUCCCGCCCGCGGACCGUGAGUGGGACCGGGUGGGUUCCCUCCGUGGCUCCUUCGUCUGGACUCAAACGGACCUAAAGGGGGGACCUAAAAACCUGACCGGGAGUGGAAUUAUUUCACGCGUGGAAUUGUGCGCCUGGCGGGAGUGGACGGACGCGGAGGACGCAGGAGACUCGCAGGCUGGGCUCCGUCCUCCAGGCUGUGCAUCCCGACCUGUCCGUCUGUCAGUCACGGCAGAUAGUCUUCAUGUUGAGCCUGAUUAAAUCAAUGCACGAUUGGUAGAGUGGCCUUGUUUCCGGUUGAAUACCAUGGAAAGACUGUGGUUGUCUUUGCUGUUGCUGACGGCGACAUGCAGAGGACAGCCGUGUCCGAAACGUUGCAUGUGCCAGGGCCUUUCGCCGUCGCUCGCCAUUCUCUGCUCGAAGACGGGCUUGCUAUUUGUUCCUGUUGCCAUAGACCGCCGCACCGUGGAGCUCCGGCUUCAAGAGAACUUCAUCACAGCCGUCCGCAGGAAGGAUUUUGCCAACAUGACCAGCCUGUUGCAUCUGACCCUGUCCAGAAACACCAUCAGUCAGAUCCUGCCUUCAGCUUUCAGUGACCUGCGACGACUGCGAUCGCUCCACUUAGACUCUAAUAGAUUAACUGUUAUUAAGGAUGAUCAUUUCAAUGGCCUUACAAACCUUCGCCAUCUAAUUCUGGCCAACAACCAGCUGCACUCCAUAUCUCCUCAUGCUUUCGACGACUUCCUGUCCACACUGGAGGAUUUGGACCUGAGCUACAAUAACCUCGCGCAAGUUCCCUGGGAGACCAUCGAGCGCCUCACCAAUGUCAACACCUUAAACAUGGACCAUAAUCUCAUCGAAAAUGUUCCCCAAGGCGUAUUCACCAACUUACACAAACUGGCCAGGCUGGAUAUGACAUCCAACAAACUGAAAAAAAUCCCCCCUGACCCACUUUUCCUGAGAAUACCAGUUUAUGCAAAAUCCAGAGGCAGUCCUCUGUCCUCGCUGGUGUUGAGUUUCGGCGGGAACCCUCUUCACUGUAACUGUGAACUCCUGUGGUUGCGGAGACUGACCAGAGAGGACGACUUGGAGACUUGUGCUUCGCCCCAAGACCUUUGCGCUAAAUACUUCUGGACCAUACCCGAAGAGGAAUUUAUUUGUGAUCCGCCAGUGUUGACACGCAAGUCCCCUCAGACCGUGGCUAUGGAAGGUCAGCCAUCCAGCCUCAAAUGUAAAGCAAAUGGAGAUCCAGAACCGGAAGUACACUGGAUCAGUCCCGAGGGCCGACUUAUAUCCAAUAGCACAAGAACUUUGGUUUUCCCGAACGGAAGCCUGGAGAUCAACGUCACCUCCCUCAAGGACGCCGGCAACUUCACCUGCAUCGCCUCCAACGCCGCGGGGGAGUCCACGGGCAGGGUGGAGCUGUUCGUCACGCCCACGCCGCACCUGGCCAACAGCACGAGCCGCAGCCGGGACCCGUCGGAGACCCGGGAGCCGGCGCCUUCCGACAUCCUCACCUCGUCGAAGGGGUCCGCCCCCGGCAACGAGACGCGGGCGGGGGACCGGCGGGUGUCGCUGGUGGAGCUGACGGGGAACUCUGCCCUCAUUAGGUGGAGCAGCCAGGCGCCCGUGUCAGGAGUCAGGAUGUUCCAGGUCCAGUACAACAGCUCGGGGGACGACACACUGGUGUACAGGAUGAUCCCCUCCAGCACCAACGACUUCCUCGUCCGCGACCUCGCCGCCGGCAGAAGCUACGACCUCUGCGUGCUCGCCGUGUUCGACGACGUGGUCACCUCCCUGACCGCCACGCGUCCCCUGGGCUGCCUGUCCUUCACCACCGACACGGACUUCACGCAGUGCCAGGCGCUGCACAGCCACUUCCUGGGCGGGACCAUGAUCAUCAUCAUCGGCGGCAUCAUCGUGGCGUCCGUCCUGGUCUUCAUCAUCAUCCUGAUGAUCCGGUACAAGGUGUACAGCCACCAAGGGACGGCCCACGGCAAGGCCGCCAUUUCCCCCACCGUGCCCAGGCAGCAGAGCAACGGGCAGAACCAGGCGCUGACGAGAUCCGCUUCCAAAAUGGACGAGGACGCGGUGGGACCGUCGAGGGCCGUGUCGCCUAGCAACACCCUGAGAGACACGGUGGCAUUGGUUGUGGAGGAGGCGAGUGGGCGGAACGCCGCCACACGGACCGACUCCUCGGCCAAUGAGGAGUUGCUGUCGCCCGGCAAGGCCCGCUACGGCUCCAGGGUCGCCAUCGAGAUGAAGAGCAGACGGCCAUCUGUCGCCAAAGAGCCCGCCUCCCCCAAGGAACUGGCAGAUGACGGCCGCCCUCGUGUUGUCGAACGGAGAGAUUUUAGGAUCUGACCAUCUUUUGGCUACAACGAGACCGUGAGGUUUCCUGAAAGCGGAGUGCGGACAUCAACAGCAUAGGCGCCACGUGCAAAACGAGGACGAAGAAGACGCCUUUCUACUGUUUGUCUUCUUUUCUCCACCUGUCAUUUUGUCCCCGUCUGGUUCCCGCUCAUCGACUUAUCACACUUCUCCUUCCUGGAUGGGAUUACUCGGCGACGGUGAUUGGCCGGUUCCUGCCGGAUCCAGCUGUCAGCGGAAUCAUCUUAAUCACUUUUAAUGGAACCCCGUUUAACACUCAUUAAAUCCUGCUUUUUUUUUUAUUUUUCUUCUCGGCCAAAACACGUGUCACGGUCGAUUCCGCGUGCCGUGAUGGAUGGUUUUUUUGAAAGACUGUGAGAAACCAUACGGAUGUACUCUGACGCAAAACGGAUGCGACGCUCAAAGGAACACAUUCUCGACCGGACCACGGAGAAGGAUGGGAAAGAACAGACUUGGAUCUACAAAUGCUCAGCACAGGUGGAUUCUGGGUAAUCGUGCUUAUUCACUAUAAACUGUAUAAUCGCAAAGAACGGGUGGAUUCUAACUUUGACCCGCACAAUUCAAACUUCAAGAGACUUGAUUUGACUCUUAAAGAUGAAGAAGGAUUUUGAGACGGACAAUGGAUGUUGACUAUUGGAUUAAACCCUGGCAGACCUCCGUUCUCAAGCAGGUGCAGAAAUCAUCCGUGUGUCUCAAGAUGAAAGAUAUCGGCCCCCGUCCCAAAAAAAAAAAAACGGAGAAAAAAGCAGGACAUCAAUUUCUCUCACGCAUUAGCAAUCUUAUUUUGACCCGUAGCCCCGCCUCCCCAACCCUCAUCGCCAUGACAACCAGUGUUAAUGUUAAGUAUUUUGAUGUGAAGGACAAAUGUGUAUAUUGUUUACUGCAUCGUUUGUGGUGGUCUCUGCUCACCUCAUCAUCAACAUUGGAGUGUGUGGCCAGCAUAUAUGACCUCACAUCUCAGCUGUGUUUUCGUUCUUCGUUAGAAAGGUGGUCCUCGUGUUACGACGCUGACUAUUUUACCCCAUAAGUUAUUAAUACUUGGCAAAAAAUAAUAAUUGCCGUAUUUUCUGGACUAUAGAGCGUACCCAAUAAACUCCAGGGUAUUUCUUUCUCUCCAUAUACAGUAUUAGGACUAUAAGCCGCAGAUAAGUAUGUUCUGAAAUGAGUUAUUUACACAGAAAUAUUCUGUAAAUGUUUAUUUACAUACCUUAACGGUGUCUGUAACAAGGCAGUAAAACGGCCGACCAAACAAAACAGAAGUCAUCGUCAUGGACCCGCUAGCUGCGGAAGCCAGCUCUCCAAUCAGCUAAACAGACUCAAUAACUCCAUGGUGACGUUUUGGUGGAUUUACUGAGGAAUUUGUGAAAUUGAAACAAUACAAAAACACAGACAAUUGUAGACUUGUUAGCAUAUAAGCUAAUGCUAACGACGCCUGCAUCGCUUACUUUGCAAAUAUGCGUGAAAACACUCCUACAGACAUCACACGUGGGACGGUUUAGUGAGUAAGAAUUGUUUUAGUUAUAUUGUAAAACUUACAAACGUUGAUUGGAGUGAUGGAUAAAGAAUUAGGAGUGUCAAAAAAAUAGAUUUUCUAAUUAUUCGCAAUUAAUUAGAUUUAAUAACUGUAAAAAAAC